CGGACUUGGGGGCGGACUUGGCGGCGGACUUGGGGGAGGACUUGGCGGCGGGGAAGGAGGCGGCGAUGGAGGCGGAGAAGGAGGAGGAGAAGGAGGAGGAGGUGAGGGAGGAGGAGGAGAAGGAGGAGGAGAAGGAGGAGGAGAAGGAGGAGGAGAAGGAGGAGGAGAAGGAGGAGGAGAAGGAGGAGGAGAAGGAGGCGGCGAUGGUGGGGGACUUGGGGGAGGCGAUGGUGGGGGACUUGGCGGAGGCGAUGGAGGGGGCGAUGGAGGAGGUGACGGUGGAGGUGAUGGAGGAGGCGAUGGGGGAGGCGGCGGCGAAGGGGGAGGAGGCGAUGGGGGAGGACUCGGUGGCGGUGAGGGAGGCGGUGAAGGAGGAGGGGAGGGAGGGGGAGAGGGAGGAGGUGAAGGUGGAGGAGAAGGGGGAGGAGAAGGAGGAGGAGGAGGCGGAGUAG